AUGCGAAUCAAGACAAUAUCGCCCACAAAGGCUGCCAUCCUAGUCUGCGCAACCAUCGGAGCUGUCGUCUUGCUGGACAUUCCUCACACAGAAGCAUUCUCCGUCAACUUUGUCUACAACGACCUCCUCGCCCACCCUCAGUAUGAUGUCCAGUUCCUCGAGGAAGUCGUUCCCGCCUCCUCUGUCGCCUCUCGUUCCAGCACACACCGUCGACAGCAAAGGCAGGCGCAGGCGCAGAUUGGGAUGAAAAAGUCAGAGACACAGGAUCAGGAACAACAAGAGGAGACGACUCGCGAGUCACCCUCGAUCGUGGUGAUGACCGAUGCGGACGGAAUGCGCUGGUCAUGUAUGAUCCCGCCCAAGAUGGUGCACGAGAUUAAAGCACCUCCCGAAUUGACCCCGCAGGAGAUCAAGGAGGAGGAGCGUCGGAGUGUCCAGCGCGGUCUGGAACUGCUCGACCAUCUUUCUCGACACUGUCUUCUCAUGAAACGCGACUUUUGGACAUACGAGUACUGCCACAAAAGGUGGAUUCGCCAAUACCACGCAGUGCAUUCGAAUGGUCAGUGGGUCCCUGAUACACCAGAGAACACCUAUGUCCUAGCAAUGUAUCAAUCGGAGGAGAACAACAACAAUAACCAGGCCCACCCUGACAACGAGGCCGCCCUUCAGCAGCGGUCGCCUUCGUCAUCUAUUACUGAGUCAACCGUCACCACCACCGAGCUGGAGGUCAGCAAUGAGCGCAAGUAUCUCGUCCAGCGCUGGGACAACGGAGACCUCUGCGACUUGACAGGGCAGCCUCGUAAAGUCGAGGUCCAGUUCCAAUGCGCGCCGUUUGAUGAUAGGAUUCAAGUGGUGACGGAGCCUUCGACCUGCAACUACAUUAUGGUGAUCAACUCACCCAACUUGUGCAAGGACACGGCCUUUGAAAGUGUCCCCACUCCGGAGGCCAACAAGAUUGAGUGCAGGCGCAUUGUCUCUGACGAGCAAUAUCAAAAGCUGAAGGCCAACGUUCCCGAGGCCAUUGAUGGAGCCGCAGGAAUUGUUCAGGACCACAACGCACAAAUCAAAAUCGGCCAGGUACCACGGCAGCAACCACACCAACGCCAGACGCAACAGGGCGUGGGGGCUGCAGCGACUGGAGCACCAGGAACAGAGCCACCGCCAACGCUUUUUACGACCUUCGAGGACAUCCUCGGAUUCGCCAAACAAGUUAAUGAUGUCGAGGCACAAAAGAAAAUGAGGGCGGUCCUUGCGCAGUACGAGGCCUUCUCGGAGAGUCUCAAGGCCAUGCUGUCCCCAGAGGACAAGGCGGUGUAUGAGAACCUUGAGAAUAUGCUCAAAAUGGAAGGCGACCUUCAGGACGUGUUGAGCAAGGAAGGUGAGGAGAGAGAGGACAAGGAUAUUUUCGACGCGUUCUUUGGUGGCCUUGAGGGACAAGGGAAGGCGACUAAGGAUGCCAAGGAUGUCUUCGACGCGAUCUUUGGCGCCAAAGAGACUGAAAAGGAACCUCAACAGGCCAAAGCACCGUCCACACCACCACAACACCAACAGGAGGCCGCCGCCGCCGCCACCGGCAAGGAGCAACCGCAGAAGCAAGACAACAUCAAGUUUGCAACUAUCGACUCUGCCACACUGCUGGAUAUAUUGGACGCGGCUAGAACCGCAGGCGCGAUCGCGAAUGCUAACACUGCUGAGGAGAAACAAAAGCAAGGACAGGAGACGAGUGAGGAGACCAAGGAGAAGAAGAGUCACGCCCAAGUCAAGCUCUAG